UCGCGGCUUUAACUGGUGCGUAACGUGCCGCCGUGGUGUCUUUACGCACACGGAGUUCACCAGGAGCGCAACGCAUCUGGACUUUUUAAGCACAAUUCAUUUACAACAAAGUCAGAGAUAAAUGUGGAUACCGAUCUGUGCAGCUGUUGGACUCUUGUUCAAAAGAAGAUUAGAUGAUUCUUCAGAGCGAGACUGGAUGUGAUCCUAGUUUUAUCGUAGUUCCGCCCACGAACACCGGACCCUCCAUGAGAUGUCCAAAUGCCAGCUGACCUCUGAUCCUCGCAUUAUGGACCGCCGUCUAAAGGCUAACCCUCAGCUCCACUACGGGGUCAACGGAGUUGUUGGCCGAAACUCCAGGUCAGGCGAAGAUGAUGCAUUGCGGUUUCUGAGCCAGGAAGAGCAGGAGUGUCUCCAGUUCUUUGAGGAGACCAUUGACUCAUUGGAGGAGAGUCUGGUAGAGAAUGAUCUGACGACCAGGCAGUUGAACCCUACCACAAGAAGAGGUCUUGUUGAAGUUGUCAACGGACCUGUAACCUCAAGUCCCAACCCCGGGGUCAUACUGGCCAGACCUCCUAGUCCAAAAGACCAGGAUAUUAUAGAUCUGGUCCGUCCAGAACCGGACUUGGUGCAGACCAAAGAGCCGAUCUUCAGUCCCCCAAGUCCAGAUUUUCAGAGUAAAGUGCGGACCGCUGAAAGCCACUACGAGACAAAGCCAAGGCGUGAUCAGGUGGACAGAUUGCCUUCAGAGUACAACCCUCCCCUACCAAGUGGCAGCUAUGGGCUGGCAGACAGCCAUUCCUCCUACCACCCUCCAGGUUGUAUCCCUACGCCAGUCCUGAUUGCCAGAAAAAUAGCUGAGAACCAGGCAGGAGGAACCUCAGACUACAGGCCCACCUCACUCCUCCACCGUUGCAGCCUGGAGUCUGAAAAGCCACCGAGCCACAGCGCUGAUCUUCCAGUUAAACAGGGUCCUCCUACCUCUGUAAAGCCUAACCGCUUUCCUCCUAACAUCAGUGUGAUCCACGGAAACAAGGAGCACCAGAACCAGUCACUGACUAACGUUCACAUCCAGGAGAGACGGGCGCAGAUGCUGGCAAACCUACCGGGAUCAUCACACUCUCUGCUGCAAGAAGAUCCUCAGUCGUCCGUGGACCAGAAGGCUCUAAAUACUCCCUCUCGCAGCUUUUCCUUCAAGGACCCCUCACCAGACAAAUCCAGGAUAGAGGCCCUGUCUAAACUUGGCCUGAACAGGCACCGAGCCAUGUCCGGGGAUAUGUCGCUCCCCACCUCUCUGGAUCCUCUCACAGGUGCAGAACGUUCAAAAUCCCUGGAGAUCAGUGUACCUCCAAAAACAGAAACCAGCACCAAAUUGCCAGAACCCAAUUUUACGACACCAAAUCAGAGCCAGAUUCAUGUCAACAGAAAACCAGAGACUGUUCAAACAGAUUCCAGUAGGAGACAUGUAGAUAGAAACCCCCAACCGAGCCCUCUAGCAGUCACACAGAGCAACUACUAUCCACCUCCUUUGGAUAACAAGGCAUCUUUUCCCCCUCCGCCUGAGGUCACCUCACUGGAAUUAAACAGCUACGGAGGAAAAUCUAUUGUGGUCAACCCUUCUGUUUCCUCCAGGAGUGAACCUGCAACCUCUCCAACUAGCCAUGAACCCAAAAUCCUCCCGCCUGCACUUGCUAACCCCAGCGAGUUCAACACCUACGGAGGAAAGUCCAAAGUCAUGACCCCUGCUCCUGUAGCUGUGACCAGGAGCGACCUUCCCGACAUCCUCAGCUCCCAUAUUAACAAGAGUCAAACCUUGCCUGCAAAAUCAGAGCCGCUACCCGUUGAGCUUAACAAUUAUGGAGGAAGGAGCCGAACUAUCAACCCCUCCACUGGGUUAAAUCGCCCUUCCGACAACCCGGGAACCAGUUUCAAAGCUCCAGCCCCAAAGCCGGCCCCAAGACCUCCUCGGCAUUCCUACCAUGGCGCUGUUACUAACCAGAAAGCAGCGCCGCAAGCCUUGUCCCCUGACCCCAAGAAAGAGAGAGGCAGAUCCGGCUCCAUGUUUCGUCCCCAAGGAAUCACUGUGCAGUUUUCUGGACGGGGGGCGACGGACGCAUCGCGCAGGGAGGCGCUGAGGAAAUUGGGGCUGCUGAAAGACUCUUGAUAAACUGGAAAUGUAUUCUUCAGUCUCCACCUGUUGAGCCUAAAUCUCUGAUGUGUACCUGCUGGUGAAGGUGGAAUGCUUGAAGUUUCCCCAUUUAUGUCUGAGCUUGAGUUGUGGUUGGAGAGAGACCUACUUUUACAGAGGAAUGGAGCCAGAUCCUACGACAGACAUGCACAGCAAAUUCUCACUUCCUGACCACAAAAAAAUGACAACCAAGUGUGACACGUUGUGUAGCUGCUGCUCACUGUUUCAAUGAGUCAAGUCUUCACAGAUAAACUGCAAACUGGUUUAUAUUGCCUCUGAUCCAAGACAUUGAAUACUUCUGCACAAGAUAUUUUGGAACAAACCAAUGUUGUAAAGAGGAGCAUCUUCUUCCUGCGGGAAUCGAACUACAUUUGGUCUCCCGUCUCGCCUUUGUCUAAAGAUGCUAUUUGGAAAGUGGGUGCAGAUUUGAGGUUAAAUGGAUUUUUACUGGGAUUGUAUAUUUUGUAUUUAUGUCAAAAGUAAGUUUGGAUUAUCAACGGGGCAAAGUGGGAGCUCAAUUUUGCCCCAGGGCCCUUUAACAGAUUGAUCUGGCCCUGGUAAAUAUAUAUGUAUAUGUUUUUUGGCUGCAAGAAGAUACAUAAAGUAUAACCGUAGUGUACAGUAAAUGAAAUCCUCUUGCUACAGUGCAAACAUAGCAGUUAUAAAACGUAAGGCGAAAAAUUAAGACAAAAUGCAAAUGAGCGGCUAAUCAUGCACAAGAGUAAUUUAGGUAUUAAAGGAACAACAGGCGCUCGCCACAUACAUAUGAGUUUGGUUCUUUCUCCAGUUUAAGUUAUAUUAUUUGUUGUGCGGUGUCACUUUCCUUCUAGCAGCUGUCAGGAAAGUGAAAUUAAUGUUCAUACACAGGCUGUGAAGUCUUUAUCACCCCUGUUACACGGGAACCUUUUGUGUUUUCACUGGUUUGUUUACCGACUUUGGGCAUUUUAGUCAGCGGUGAGUGUGUGUUUGUUUUCUGUUAAAGGCACUUUUCUCUAUAGCAACUGUUUUACUUAUUAAAUGACCAAAACUAUAUUAUAAAGAACAAAAGGUUUCUAAAUCAAGAAACAAGACAUUCAGUGCCUCAGUGAUUUUUCAUUGUUCUGGAAAUUAACAUUUCCAUUCAUUCCAUAAAAUCUGAUGUCCUGGAAAAACAAUGGUGCAGAAGUUGCAGUAAAAAGAGCCCGGGUUUCUUGAAAGAGGUAAAGCUGAGCUGGGCUGGACGAUAUUUUUAUUCCACGGACAACCCUCCCACACCAAACCACAGACUGUGGAAUGGGUUUGUGGGCAGGACUUUUACUUUUCUACUAUGCAGAGCGAAUACUUUAAAACUGCUCUUUAGGGAUGGGCGAGCACAUGGCAUUGUACAAAACACAAGCACUAAAACCACAGUCUAGAAAUACAUCCUGGGUUACUUAUGUGUUUUUAUUCCUUUCAAGCUGUUGUUGAUACUUUUGCUGUUUCUGGUAUUUCUGUUAUUGUUAUUAACUGUUGUAGCAGCAUAAGCAUGUAUGUGUUUAAGUAUGUACGUAUGUAUGUAUGGAUGGAUGGAUGUACGUGUAUGUAAGUUUACUGUGACUCCGGCCUCUGUAGUUCACCUACAGUAACUUUUGAAGUAUAUUUGUUUCACACAGAAGUACCACUAUAGUACUUCUCCUGUGUGGAUAUUUUUGUGAAUUUUAUUCAUAGACUCCGGUCCUCUGUAGUUCAGCUACAGUCAUUUUGAAGUAUCUGAUGGUGCAUACACACAGUUUAUAGCUACAUUCGAUAUAAAACAGCCUACUUUAUAAGGAAAUGUUAGCGCAAAGUGUAAAAUCCUGCACAGACCAGGGAUUAAAAGUGCAUCCAUGUGUGGUAAAUGGGAAAACAAGUGGCCAUGUGAAAGUUGCUGCAAUGUUACAACAGCCUGGUAUACUUUCUGACUUUUGAAAUGUCCAUAUUAUAUACUGUAUAUACUCUGCUUAAUAUAUCUAAUGUUGAAUUUUUGUCAAUCAUUAAAAAGGAUAAUGUAACUUC